UUUGUUAAAGGGACACGACAACAAUGGCAGAAAAUAGUGCAGGUCUUCGAAAAAGGGACGAUAAAAGUCAAAAUUACGCCGAAAAUGCUUCCGGGUCGGCAAAAAACACUAAACUGCCUGAUGGGCAUAUCUUUGGAGAGUUAAAUGCUGGACUUUGGGGCCAAUCAACGCAGUCGAAGUCCGAUAAAGCACCCCAAAACAAAUCAGGAAAUAUGACUUCCUCUUCCGAUGACGAUGUUGUUCAGACUGCUACAGAAUAUGCCCAGGCAGUGCAGGGGUGGAUCUGGCAGUAUUAUUACUGGAGUUCUAUGAAUAACUUUUACACGAGUAGUUUUCCCUUCUACACCAUGGGCUAUUCACAAGCGUAUGCUGAUGUAGCAGUUUCUAACGUGGCAGGAGUGAUUCCUGGAAGAGCCGGUCAGAACUUGCCACAACAAAAUGGCAUCCCACCUCGACAGGGUCAGCGACAGCAACAACAACAACAGCAAGGACCAGGAUAUCAAGAUUACAGAAUUCCACCAAUCUGGAAGCGUGUUGUUGCCGAGUUUAUCGACUUCCUUCUCCUCCUGUUGAUCAAAGUUGGUGUGACCUGUAUCUUGGUUGACUACACGGGAACAAUCAGUGACUUUCAGCCGCUCGACUUGGAACAGUUCAUAACCAAAGGCGAGAUAGAUAUUGAAAAAAUGCUUGCAUUAACAACUGAGAUAGUUAUAAUGGAGGUUAUCAAUAGGAUAUUCAUCAGUAUUUAUGAGGCAUUGUGUCUCCGUAACGGCAUUCGGACAAUCGGCGGAUCAACACCCGGGAAGCGUGUGAUGGGGUUGUGUGUUGUGUCAUGCAUGGAAGUGAUCGACCUGCCCGAUAAUAAACUCAGAGUUAUUCCAGCACAAAAUAUCGGCUUUUGGAAUGCCCUCGUCCGUUCUGUGAUCAAAAACUUCUCCCUGGCGUUCCUCUUCCCGAUGUGUUUCACGGCGCUGUUUUUUGCGCACGGACGAGCAGCUUAUGACAUCAUAGCAAACAGUAUUGUCGUGGAGAGCAAUGAUGACUUGUUACUCGGACAACCGAGGCCAAGGUGAAAGGUCAAGGUUGUGGUGUCAAGGUCAUUGAAGGGUCAAGUAAGCUUUGUGGGUCAGUUACUAUGGAAAUUCAAGGACAUUGGGAUCAAGGUUAACAUUCAAAGUCAUCGAGAUCCAGGUCAAGGGUCAUAUGGACGAUGUAUAAAUGAGGAGAGUAACUGUUGUGUUCAUGGCAUGAGUGUAAGAGAUGGUGACAGUCGUGUGUCACUUUGACAGUGUAAUGCAGAAUGAACUCCUUGAUAGAAAUUGAAUUUGAACAGAACUCUCAUCAAAUGAGGCCAUUAUGGGUAAGGAACGUUAUUUAUUUGUGCAGAAAACUGGCAAUGUAUGUGUUGAUAUGUUUUGUAAUUGACUGUGCGUUGUUAUAAUAAAUAAUGUGUUGUUA